AUGAAGUACGUGCAGAAGCUAUUCAUGUAUGCGAUCACCCAGAAUCGCGGAAAUUCGACUGGCUUGAAGGCGGCACUGAACACCACGGUUCCUCACAUGUACGGUGACCAUGCUGCCUGCGGAGAAUGGUGCAAGUAUGGUGAUGACCCCGACAGCUACCGCCACAAGAGCCUGCCAUUUGGGAAAGACCUAACUUCGGAAAUCACGCAAGCGGCAUUGACGAAAAUAUUCAGUGUGUAUGCUGACAAUGCUGAGAAGCUUGUGCAUCACGGCAGUUCACAAGCGAACGAAUCGCUAAACAACACGGUGGCCAGCAAGCAACCAAAGUCCCGCCACUACGGAAGCUCUCCGUCGUUCAAUUUUCGCGUUGGUGCAGCUGUUGCACAGAAGAAUGUUGGGUACACCUACGUAGCCGACGUGUGCGAGAAGGCUGGGCUUUCACCAAGCCAGCAUGCCCGUGCACAUGGUGAACAACUGGAUCUGCUGAGGGACCAGAAAACCCUGCGCCAGGGCAGGAAAGAAGUCAAGAAGCGGCGACUGGAGCUCAAAGAAUCCCGGUCCUCGCGUCUAGCGUCCACCAAGGUACGCGAAGGUACUCAGUACCAGUCUGAAUGUGCCCUCCUACUUGACCAGCAGGACAACACUGAGAUCGCCGCACCAGUUUCUUAUGACCCGAUCCCUGCAUCCGAGGCCUGUGACUAUGUCGUGUUUGACCUGGAGACUACUGGUCUCGAUGACUCGGCAGAGAUAGUUCAGAUUGCUGCAUGUAGGCUUGGCAAGACCUUUUCCAGGUAUGUGUUGCCUUGUGGUGGCAUCCAGAAGUCAGCAUCGGAGAAGACUGGUUUGUCCGUAUCUAUUAUUGGUGGACAGCGAACUCUCGUCAGGUCAGGCAAAGCAUUGAAGACGGAUGUUCUGCAGGAAGUCGCGGAUGAUUUCAUCGACUGGCUUGACAGACUGCGCUCAAAGUCAAUCGUCCUUGUGGCCCAUAACUGCAAGCGCUUUGAUUGCAGAGUCCUCCUGCGCCAGUUUGCUGCAUGUGCUGCAGUUGAUCAGCUGCUGGAAGCUGUACACGGCUUUGCGGACACAUUGUCAGCGUUCAAGGAGGCUCUGCCUGGCCUUGCUUCGUAUGCGCAGGAGCGACUUGUUGCGGACUACGUGGGAACGGCAUACGCUGCACAUGAUGCUGUAGCGGAUGUCGAUGCCCUUGCUGCCCUAAUUGCCAAGUCCAUGCUGCAAGCUGUUCUGGCAAAGCAUCGCUACACAGCCACAUCUGCUGUAGCUAUGAAUACACUGCAUCAGCUUGCUGGCCCCAGAACAGCGGAACUUCGGAGCAAAUUGCCGAGAUCUGCCCUCAGUAAGUCCAUGGCAGAACGCAUUGCAAGGUCAGGGUUGGGCCACAGUGACCUGAACCUUGCCUACAGCCGCGGCCAGCGAGAUGGGCUGACUCGGGUUCUUGGCGAGGCUGGCAGCGACGGGAAUCCCCGUGUGACCAAGACCGCAUCCGUUAUCAAGAAGCUGGCUGAUCACUUUGAGUUGAUACCACCUGGAAGCAGCUCCUAUGUGACAGCUGCAGCAACCACCCCUGCCACUGCUCUGCAGGCCAGUUCCUCUUCAAGUCUCGCUGCUUCGGGUGCUUCUGCAACCAGCUCCUUGACAACGCACAGUUCCUCUGGCCAUGUCGCAACAAGUGUGGCCACCACCAGUCCACCGGUCCCUAUUCCCACACUAUCGCCAAGGAAGAGAGCUCUGUAUGAAAGACGACUGCGAGAAGGCUACGACUUUCCUGACCCGGCAUAUCUGGAGUGGGUUGCUGCAAGGAAACGUGCAGCCUAG